AUGGCCACCAGUGAGCUAGCCUGCACUUACGCCGCUCUAGUCCUCCACAACGAGGUUACUUGUAAAAUAGGCUGAGAAGAUCUCAACACUGGUGAAAACAGCCAAUUUAGACAUUGAAUCAUACUGGCCUAGUCUCUUGGCCAAGCUUUUCCAGAACAAAAAUAUGGAUGAUCUCAUCAUGAAUGCUAGUGCCGGUGGAUCUGCUGGUUCUCCCAGGGCUGUUUCUUCUUCAUCGUCUUCAUUUGGAAGUGCCACUCAAGCUGCCCCAGUAGCUGAAGAGAAAAACAAGGUAUUGUAUUCUUCUCUUUUUAAACCCUUUUACUAAAUUAAUAUACUUUACUCAUAAUAAAUUCAUAAUUGUAGUUACUGCUGAUAUUCAUCAUUUCUAAUUUAUUUGUUUAAUUUGUUCAUCUUGUGAUGAAUCAUCUUUAGGAGGACGUGAAGGAAGAGAGUGACGAUGAUUUUGUAUCCGGCUUCUUUGACU